AUGCAAAAGACCAAGCAAAAGAAGGAUUGGGAUAAGGGGUUUUGCAACGAUAAUGGGUUUUGUUCCGACUGCAAGGCAUACACAGACGUUGUGCUCGACCACCGGUCAGGUGACACAAUCUGCACCCAAUGCGGCCUGGUUCUUGAAGACCACGCUGUGGAUUUCACAGCCGAGUGGCGAAACUUUGAUGAUCAAGACUCUACCAACGAUCCGUCACGCGUCGGCGCUCGCUCUGAUCCUUUACUGGACAAUGGUGUUCUUACCGUUAACAUCUCCAACGACAAGAAGAAGGCUGUUUCUUGUGUUCUUCCUCGGCUCCACAAGACUCUCCAAAACCCAGACAAGUCUCUCCACGUUGCUUUUGAGACCCUUGGUAUGAUGGCCGACCGGCUAGCCCUAGUUACAGCGAUACGAGAUCAUGCCAAAGAGCUGUACAAGAAGGCCGACGAUCGCAAGUUUUGUAGGGGAAGAAACUGUGAUGCUAUAAUGGCUGCUUGCCUCUUUCUUGCUUGCCAAGAAAAGGGUCUUCCCCGAACCCUAAAGGAAAUCGCGAUGGUUGCCAACGGUGCCACAAGAAAAGAAAUCAACAGAAUGAAAGAGCUCUUGAAGAAAAUACUAGAGGUUGAUUCGAAGACUACAAAUGUUGGGGAUCUUUCGCGGCGGUGCUGCUCCAUGAUUGGUAUGGCUAAUCAAGAUAUGAAGGCGGUGUUGGAAACUCUGAACAAGUCGAAAGAGGUUGAUGUAAGGAGAAGCCCUAAGUCUGUUUUGGCAGCGGUUAUGUACAUGAUAGCGCAGCUCUCCAAUGACAAGUCAACUCGGGAUUUAACUCUUCAUGAUGUCUCACAAGCAGCUGAUGUUGCGGUAGCGACAACUAAGAAGGCAUACAAAGAUCUAUAUCCCUAUGUUUCAAGGAUAAUACCCAAUUGGUUUGUCAAGUUGGAGGACCUCAAGAUACUUUGCCUCCCUUGA